AUGGGUAAACUCUGUGUCCUUACCAUUGCUUCACUCCUACUUCUUCAACUCGCCUUCGCCGCUGAUUCACCCUCGCCCUCGCCCUCGCCUUUACUCGGAUCGGACUUGUCUCCGCAUCUCGCGCCUACUCCUGACUCUCCACCAGCAAUCUCGCCGGCUUUUGAUUCUUCUCCUCCAGCGCCAUCUCCAUCAGAUCUGGAACAAGGAGUUUCAGCGCUGCCGCCGCGUUCUCCUGCUCCUUCACCGGAUGAAGCCAGCGAUAUCAACCACAGCAACAUCAAUGCAGACGUAGGCGAAGAGAAUACCGGCGGUGGUGGUGGUGGAGGAGGAAUGAGCGGCGGAAAAAAAGCAGGAAUAGUGGUGGCCGUGGUGGUUGCAGCGUGCUUGGUUGGUGUCGGUGGAUUGGUUUACAAGAAGAGACAAGAUAAUAUCAGGAGAUCUCAGUAUGGAUACGCCGCCAGGGCAGAACUUCUCUGA